AUGGUUCUCAACGUCACCGCCAUGAUCGGCCGCCUUCAAGACCGCGCUGUGUCGGACGAAGUGUUCCUCCAGGAAUGCUUGAACCAGUACGGACAUGCUACGGAGCGCCUCAACGACACCUGUGACUCAUCGAGCCCCAUCAUCGACCACGUCCUUCAAGAGUCUGGUGACGAAGGCUUCCGUGUCAUUACGAACUUCACUGCAGCCGAAUUUCAAGUCCUGUGGGAUAUCAUCCAGGUGCAGUUGACAGCAAGGUGGACGGGAGGUCGUGGAUCAAAGUGCAAGACAAGCCCAAAGGACGCGCUGUUCAUGACCCUCACCGUACUGAAGCACUACCAAGCAUGGGAGAAGCACGCCAUCGACUUCGGCUUCAAGGCGCCUACAUUUCAAAAGAUGGUGCUUCGAGUAAUCGACGUCGUCGAGCCCGUGUUUUCGAGACAUUUCGUCCGCACCCCGACUAUGUCAGAGCUGCGAGUCAAGAACAAGUUGUUCGAUAACUAUCCUUACGCGAUGUAUGCUACCGAUGUCAAGUUUCAGCCCAUGGAACGACCAGGCGGACGUCACGGCGAAGCAAAGGUGUAUUUCAGCGGCAAACACAAGAUCUACGGGUUGAAGAUCGAGGCGUCCGUGUCACCCGAAGGAUUGAUGGUCGACAUGAGCAACUACGAGCUUGGUUCCGUUGCUGACUUGACCAUUUUGAACAGCCGCUUGGCCGUUCACCGUCAAGCGCUAAAGAAGUCCGACGAAGAACUGAACAUCGAAGACCACGACGAGCAGGCAGGAACUCACGGUUCCAUGUGGGCGUUUUUAGUUGACAAGGGGUACUACGACGUGAUGACAGACUUGCGAGGUGUGCAUCCAAAGAAGAACCCACCAAGAGGCCUACUGGAACGCGACGACGUUGAGCGGAACCGUCAAGUGUCGGCUGACCGCGUGCUUGUGGAAAACGUUUUUGGCCGUGUCUGCUUGUAUCCGACCAAGACUCUUACCAAGCCGUGUUGGCGAGGUAUGAAUCGAUGGCUCAUUCGAAUGCGUCGCGACGAGCUGAAGUGCAGCGCCAGUCGCGUUCCCGUCGGGUAG